AUGUAUCAAAAUUCAGUUGAAGAAAUCUUUGUGACUUUCAUGACCUGUCUUUUUUUGUACGACAUGAUCUAUGGGUCUCAUUCAUUGAACUUCGCCGAGCCUCGCCUUUCUACAAUCCUUUGUCCUCCCAAAGACAUCGAGGAAUUAGUGCUUAAGGAUGCUCAAUUGGAGGGCUCAAAUGUAUUGAACCACGUAUCCAUAGGCAGUGAUUCCGGCCAGAUGGCACCUAUCAUUGGAUCAUUCCAUAGGGUUGCAUUUUCGAAAUCCAUGCCCGCCAUCGAGAACUGGUCAUUCAGCAACGGUUCAGCAUCAGCUAUACCUGUUGUUUGA